CCGCCGCCGCCGCCGCCGCUGCUCAACCAUGGCCGUGUCCGCCGGAAACUCGUAUCUGCCGCCAGAUGCGUCGCCUUUCGAGCUCAAAGCCGAGGCCGACUUCGACCGAAUCGUCUCCCCCGAUGGACUGAUUUCGGUCUGCGGCUUCGGUUCUCUUCUCUCCGAAAGGAGUGCGAGGAGUACUUUUCCAGAUUUGAUAAACUUUCGAGUUGCGAAAUUGAAUGGUUUUCGGAGAGUGUUUGCUCAUGUUGCUCCGAUUUUCUUCGAACGGGGCAUAGCUAAGCCUGAAACAAAGGAAACAUCAAGCUUGAGCGUGGAACCCUGUGAAGGUGAAACUCUUGUAGUUACCACUUUUGAGAUACAAAGAUCAGAGAUACCCUCUUUUAUUGAGAGGGAGCAUGAAUUCCGGUUUUUAGCUGUGACUCCAGAAACAUUUAAUGGGCUGUUUUACACUACUCCAUCGGUACUAUGUGCACGUUAUAGUGAUGAGGAAUACUUCAUGAACAGAUGUGAAGGCAAUAAAGAGAUAUUCUAUCAACGGUAUGGACAGUAUGGCAUUGACAAGAUUUGGUUGGAUGAUAUCUUACCCUGUCGCGUUUAUCUUCGCCAUUGCGUGUUGGCAGCAAAAAAUCUAAGUGAAGCAGCAUACGAGAACUUCUUAGAUCAUACAUUUCUUGGUGACCGUAAAACAACCAUUCGCGAGUACUUAGCAACAUCAGGCUCGGGCAUAAUGGAGGAUGAGCCUCCCGAGCAGCUAAAACAUCGUUAUGGUGGUUAAUCUGAGCUGAGAUUUUGCGACCCUUAGUCGAACCUUGUCUACACGAAGGUUUAAGGAACUUGGAAGGUUUUUUGGUAUAAUCAUAUUGACUUAUUGAUAUCAGGUCCUAAGUCAGAAGGUUUAAGGAACUUGGAAGGUUUUUGGUAUAAUCAUAUUGACUUAUUGAUAUUAGGUCCUAAGUCA